AUGGAACUCUUUGUACGUAUUAGCCUUUUUCUUUUUCUAUGUCUAUUUCUACCAAAUAAGUAUCGGACACAGUUCGAAUGGAUUACUUAUGAUAAAAUCGAUGAAAUUAUGGAUCGAAUUAAUUCUGUGAACAGUGUCAAUUGCUUUCAAAAACAACCUAGUGAACUCGUUCUACCCGAAGAAGCCGUUUAUCAAAAACCGUCCAUUGAUAUGUUAAGAAAAGACAUUAUUAUGAGAAAUCGGACACAAUUAUUACACGUUCGUAAUAUAGCUCAUCGAAAUGCCCUUCUCUAUAGUUACUUAUUUCAACGAUUAUUUGAUCUUGAAGAACCGGGUCUUACAUACAUACUUUUACACAAUGCUGCUGAUAUAACUGGUGGUCGCGGUAUGAUCAAUGGUUCAGGAAUCUUUUUCGAUCAAGAUAAAUACUAUCCUCAUUGGUAUAAGAACUAUUUCAAUAAGACCAUUUCAUUAUUCGGACCCUAUGCUUGGCGAGCUGAUGAUUUCUAUGAUGCAUUCAAUUGGAAACACGAAUGGACUAAUCAUACGAUUCAACAAGAAGAUAUCGGUGCCGGACGUGAUCAUCAUUAUACCUCACGAUACAAUCGUGCUAAUGAAUGGUAUAGAAAAUGGCUACCAGAUCAAACACGAAAUAAUCGAAUGCCAAAUGACCGCUCUAAUAGAUUUAUAAUACCUCCACCUUAUCUGCCGACGAACAAUGAUACCGAUUUGGAUGAUAAUGAAUGGAAAAUGGUGAAUGAGAAAACUAAUGAAACUAAUGAUGAUGACGCAACUUUAAAACGUAAGCCUCUGCAUACAGUUCAAUUACUGUUAGCAGACAGAAUGUAUAGACUACGUGAUAUACCAGAGAUUUUUGAAUUUUAUGGACCACCGCAUCCAGAAGAUCCGAUCGGUCCAACUCUUUGGACACGUCCAUAUUUUGACUGUGGCCGUUCGAAUAAAUGGGUAUUUAGUGCUGUUUCGCCGAUUGUUGAUAUCUAUCCACGACAUACUGAACAUCAACAUUUUCAAACGAUGAAAAACUUAGCGGUUGCAGUAGCCGAAAUCGAUUUCAUUAUGAUGGAUAUUAACCAAUGUGCUGAAAUCGAUCCAAUUAAUGAUACCCAAUCAAAACUAGCAAAUCUAUUUGCUGGAACAGAUAAAUGUAAGCCGACGACACGUUGUGAACCAUUGAUGGGUUUUGGAUUUCGUCGUGGUGGUUACCAGUGCUUAUGUCAACCCGGCUAUCGGUAUCCUCCUUAUCAAGAUGGACCAUUCAAAGGCUAUAUCAUUGAAAAAGCCACACGAGAAGAAUAUGAACAUAACUUUGACUGUCUCAAAGUUGAAGCAUACCAAGACACUCCGUACGCUUUGUAUCAAUCAAAUAUGGAAGUUGUAGCUACACGCAAACGUCGAUCAAAUGAUGACAGAUUUGGUGUAUUGAAUAAGUCACUCUUUGUUGAAUUAGAUUCCACUCCUAACAUUCUAUCAUUGACUAAUUUCGUUCCAUCAUUCAAUCCUUUCGUCUCAUUGAAAUCUUCAAUAUCAUCCUUUUUGAAAGCAUCCCUUAAUUAUGUUGUUUCCAUGUCGAAACCAUCCGAAGAUCAGCAAAGUCAGAUAAGUCGUUCCAGACGUUAUGCUCAUGAACAUCCAACACGUAUUGGAUCUAUAAUGCAAACUUACGAACAUCUUAAUCAAUAUCCAAAUCUAUGCGAAUAUAUGACCGAAGACGAAUUAACAAUGCCAGGUGAUGUUUUAAAUGAUGUUGAUGUUCAAUUUGAAUCUCAAGCGCGAGUAGCAUUAACAUUAUCACAUUUCCUCUCGAGUUUCUAUCAAAUUGUAAAUCCUGCUGAAGAUUUUCCUCUACGGCAAGCAGAAUUGGAUUUAACAGAUGAACAACUAAUUGGUGAAGUACUAUCCGCAGCUGGUAGUGACUAUAAACUUGUCGGUAUUGGCAUAUUCUUUGAUCGUGGAAAAUUUUCUAAUUACCGUCUGCCUUAUUUUGGACCAUAUGCUUUUCGAACAGAAGAUGGUAUUAGUCGGAAGUACUCUGUUGUUGAUUGGGCAGGUUUACCGGAUGGAUAUGAAAAUGAAAUUUGGUUUCGAACAUUGAAAGCUCGAUGGGGAACCAAUGCCGAUCGUGCUGAAUUAACAGAAUUUUGGUUGAAGCUAUUUCUUCGAUCGGAUUAUGCUGGAAAUGCUUUAGUUCAUCAUGAAUCAGGUUUUCCACUAUAUUCCUAUGCGCCAGAAUUGAGACAUGGUCAAUGGUUUCCGCCGAGAUUUCAAUGCAGUCGAAAUUAUACUCUACCACGUGAAUGGGUUGUUACUUAUGCAGUGCCUUUCUUUGGUUUAGACGCACUGGGAAUCAAUAUUGAAUUCAAAGGUGUAGUACGAGUCGAUGUUUACGUGAAAUUUUUGGACAUUAAUCAAUGUUCUAUGCCUCAUCAUGUACCAAAUGCGUUUAAAGGCAGCGAUCGUUGUGAUCACCAGAGCACAGUGUGUGAACCGAUAUUGGGUCGAGGUUUUCACCUAGGAAAAUAUAAAUGUCGUUGUCGUCCUGGCUAUGAAUAUCCAUUCAUUGAUCAGAAUGAUUUCUUUACUGGCGAUGUCUUGGAUAGCCAAUGGCAAUUAUUAAUGAAUGAUAAUUCUCAGACAUCACGAUUUCAUCAACUGAAAUGUCGUAUUGCUCUUGCGAGUUCAAUCAAACCAAUUAAUUAUCUUGUUUUUGUCUUAAUUCUCUCAUUUGUAAUGGCAUGCAAUCGAUGA